AUGGACGACAAUGUUGCAGUUCCUCUGAUUUGCGACUUUCUCGUCAAUUGUGACGAGGAAAUUGAAAGGUUUCUAAGGAAUGAAAAUGAUUUUGACUUUGUGGCGAUAGCAGGGGUGUCCUGCUGCUUCGUUCGUAGAAACUUAACACGAAUUCAGAAUUAUUUUGAGUCUACAGUAAGUAAUUAUUUCGGGGAUGAGUUCGCAGUGCAUUUUAGGAUGACUCGGACCACCGCAGAGUUAUUGACAAGGGAAGUGAUAAACACUGGCAGAAUACCCUUAGGAAAUCCUUUUGGAAGGCCAUCAAUCCCACCAGAGAAACAAGUAUUGGUCUUCCUAGGGGCACUGGCGACCCAAGAGAGCACGCGAGAAAUCACCGACCGAUUUGACAUCACGUACAGCAGUGUUUCUCGGACUGUUGUUCGAGUUACUGAAGCCGUUUGUGGCCUUAAGAACCAGUAUAUAAGAUGGCCAAACGGUGAGUAA